AGCCCGAGGUAGGCCCUGCUGUUUUUCUAACUCCAGUACCUCCAGUAUAUCCAGCGCAGCCAUCUCAACCAAAACAAGGAGCGAGAGAUCCCCGCGGACGGCGAACACAGAGGAUUGGUGCCCCUGAUCUGAUGGUACAUGCCAAAGAGCAGCGUUUCUGAAGUUAUGCUAUAAGAAGCUUUGUUGACAUGUGGCAUCUGCGUACUCACCCCCGCCGGACAACACACACGAGCCACAAGGACCUACAGCCUGCUGUUAACCUUUGACCUAUAGACCCUCUGCAGGACCCUCCCUGGGCUGAUAGUUGCGCUCUUCAUCUUUCUGCAGGCUUCUCAUCCUCCCUUCGAGGUUCGUGUACAAAUGUCUACCUCACGCUUAAAGCUCCUCCCACUGCAGUGCUGAACAAGCCACAAAAUGACCUCCAGCAUUGAGCGGGAUGACGGCAGUAUUUUUGAUGGGUUGAUGGAAGAAGAUGAGAAGGACAAAGCAAAACGAGUUUCCAGGAACAAGUCUGAGAAAAAGAGGCGAGACCAGUUCAAUGUGCUCAUCAAGGAACUGGGCACCAUGUUGCCAGGCAGCACCCGCAAGAUGGACAAGUCUACCAUCCUACAGAAGAGCAUCGACUUCCUCCGCAAGCACAAGGAAAUUGCCGCACAGUCAGAGUCCAGUGAGAUUCGCCAGGAUUGGAAGCCUCCUUUCCUUAGCAAUGAGGAGUUCACACAGCUGAUGUUAGAGGCACUGGACGGAUUCUUUCUGGCCAUCAUGACAGAUGGGAAUAUAAUCUACGUCUCUGAGAGCGUCACCUCUUUACUAGAACAUUUACCAUCUGAUCUAGUUGACCAGAACUUGCUAAACUUUCUUCCACUGGGUGAGCACUCUGAUGUGUACAAAGCCCUCUCAACACACAUACUGGAGGGAGAGACCCUCACACCAGACUACUUAAAGACAAAAAAUCAGCUGGAGUUUUGUUGCCACAUGCUUCGGGGCACCAUCGACCCCCGGGAGCCCCCUGUCUACGAGUACGUCAAGUUCAUCGGAAACUUCAAGUCCCUCAACACUGUGCCUAACUCCACGCGGAACGGCUUCGAGGGCGUCAUCCAGCGCUCUCUCAGACCCUCGUUCGAAGACCGCGUCUGUUUCAUAGCAACAGUGAGAUUAGCCAAGCCCCAGUUUAUCAAGGAGAUGUGCACUGUUGAAGAACCCAACGAGGAGUUCACUUCCAGACACAGCUUAGAAUGGAAGUUCCUCUUCCUAGACCACAGGGCUCCUCCCAUCAUUGGCUACCUGCCCUUCGAGGUUUUGGGAACAUCCGGUUAUGACUACUAUCACGUUGAUGACCUGGAAACCCUAGCCAAAUGCCACGAACACUUGAUGCAGUACGGGAAAGGGAAGUCGUGCUACUAUCGAUUUCUAACGAAGGGCCAGCAGUGGAUCUGGCUGCAGACGCACUACUACAUAACCUACCACCAGUGGAACUCACGACCCGAGUUCAUCGUCUGCACACACACCGUCGUGAGCUAUGCUGAAGUCCGUGCUGAGCAACGCAGAGAGCUGGGUAUCAAGUCUCCUCCUGAGAUCUCUGCAGACAAGUCCCAGGACUCCGGCUCCGAGUCGCAGCUGAACACCUCCAGCCUGAAGGAGGCGCUGGAGCGCUUCGAUCACAGCCGCACGCCCUCGGCCUCCUCCAGGAGCUCGCGCAAGUCCUCCUCCCACACAGCCGUGUCGGACCCCACCUCCACCCAGACAAAGCUACAGACAGAACGCUGCACACCACCCCGCCAGUCUGUUUCCACCAUAGAGAUGACCUCCCAACGCCGGUCCUCCGUAAGCAGCCAGUCAAUGAGCUCUCAGACCACAGGCCAGACCAUGGCUGCAUGUCUGGGGUCCCAACCUCAGCAGCCACAGCACCUGCAGCCUCCUGUGCAGCCAGUGCUGCAGUUCUCCACACAGCUGGACGCCAUGCAGCACCUGAAGGAGCAGUUGGAGCAGAGGACGCGUGUGAUCGAGGCCAACAUCCAGCGGCAGCAGGAGGAGCUCCGGCAAAUCCAGGAGGAGCUGCAGAGAGUGCAAGGCCAGGGCCUGCAGAUGUUCCUGCAGCCUGGUGGAGGCAGUCUGAAUCUGGGCUCGGUGCAGCUGUCACAGAGUUCCUCUGUGCAGCCAGGAGGCACUCUGACCAUGCAGGGGCAGGUGGUUGCCACAGGCAGCCUGCAGGGCGCGCUGACAUCUACGCAGGCGGGCACACAGCACGCCAUAGGUCAGCAGACGCAGCCAGUUCAGCCUCAGCAGCAGAGUCUGCUCCGCGAGCAGAGCUCUGCGCUCGCCCAGCCCCAGAGGCUGCCCCACACGCUGCAGUCUUCUCAGGGCGCCCUGCCGGCGUCUCUCUACAACACCAUGAUGAUCUCUCAGCCGGCGCCGGCCGGCAUGGUGCAGCUCUCCACCAGCCUGCCCCAGAACGGCUCCAACGCUGCUGUUGCCUCCUUCUCUCACGAACGGCAGAUACGAUUCCCAGCGACUCCUCAGCUCCUCACCAAGCUAGUGACGGGGCCGAUGGCGUGUGGGGCGGUCAUGGUGCCCACCACCAUGUUCAUGGGCCAGGUGGUGACGGCGUUCGCCCCUCCACAGGGCCAGACCCAGACCAUCAGCAUCGGCCAGCAGCCGGCCGCCACCACCCAGGAGCAGCAGGUCCAGUCGCAGGCCACAGCCGCCGUGCAGCAGCAGGUCCAGGCGCAGGCCCAGCUAACGCCUCAGCAGACGCAGUUCCUCCAGGCGCCGCGCCUUCUCCAUGGCAACCAGUCGGCCCAGCUGAUUCUACAGGCAGCGUUUCCCCUCCAGCAGCAGGGAACCUUCGCCACGGCAACGCAACAGCAGCAGCCACAGGUGCAGCAGCAGCUGCUAUCCCACAGGCCAGAUAACAUGGCAGACCGCCCUACCGCACCGCCCCAGUAACCCAGCAACAGCCAAUCAGACGGCACGGAGCCGAGUGGAAUCGGCGCAACGCAGGGGGGCGAGGGCGGGAGCUGGAGCGCGAUUGGAGAAUCGCAGUAUUUCAACCACGCCGGUGCCCUACAUGCCUUCCAUCGCCAGCCUCUGGCUGCUUGCACUGAAUUCUGGGAAGUGUAGUCUACAUGAGUUGAGCUGUUAGCCAGCUAGCAAGGGAACAGCGGCUGUCCUGGCCGUCACCCACUCAAGCUUCACCGGGGUAAGGGACGAGGUAUUUCAACCCCCCCCCCCCCCCCAUCUCGUACGCCCCGUCUGUGCUAUCGUCACCCUCCUCGUGUGUGUAAUUUAUGCAGAACGCUCCGGUUUGUGGGGUGGGGACGAUGAUUCAAGACUUCAGAGAAGUCCUAUAGGACAAAUAGCACCAUGUCCGUGGUACUUGCUGUUUUCUCUUUUCCUCUCUUUCUCUGUUCACUCCCCCUCCUUACAUCUCACAGACUCUCUUCCCGGGCUUUGUUGUUUUUCAUGUUAAAAAGUAAUUAUGGGUCAGAAAAUAUUUUUAAGAACGUCACGUGGAUUCAACUUUUAUUGUACAGUACGCCUGUAAAAUUAUGUAAAUAUAUUGACAAAGGAAAGAGAAACUAAUAUUUUAUAUUGAUGCAUGAGAUAAAGCGUAGUAUGUUAUUUGUAGCUUUGAGCAUUACUUUUUUUGUAGUAUUCAAAGGAAAAAAACACAAAUAAGGCUGAGACCUUAUUUCCGUGUGCGUGCAGGUGUGUGCGCGUGCAUGAAGCAGACCGUGCUGGUUCAGUGUUGUGUGUCACAGUUUGUUUAAACAGAUUGUGUUGAGCGCCUUUUUAUUUUACUAAAUCAGCUAAAGUAACAGUAUGUUUAGUUGUUUUUUAACAUUAUAAUAGACAUUUACUAAUCUCUAAAUGUACAGACAUUUUACCUUUGUAAAUACCAGAGUGUCUGUGCACACCCAGGCAGGUAUAGGACUGUAUAUUGUGAAAGAAGUGUAUGUUUUUAAGCUUUGUGCAGUUUCUGCCUCAUACCAUAAGAACUAAUCAGGAAACCUUUCAGGAAGGAACUUCAGUGUAGUUGCUAAUAGAUGACAUCCUUGAGUUACAUAAGUGUACAUUAAAGAUGAUAUUUGACUCCUACUCCUUGCAGCCUUACGGAGAAGUGGAGAAUGGGCAGACACUAUGUAUAAUGCUCAUAUUAUACUGAUUCAAAAAAUACAUAGUGACAAGCCAUAAUUUAAAUUCUACUAGUUUUGCAGUAAUAGUUUAGCAAUGGUAGAAGAAAAUAUAUUGUUAAUAUUAAAUAAUCUGACAUUUAGUCUUACCAAAUUAAACCUCAUUCUUGAUAGUAGAUCUUGGCACACGGUCUUGUAUUUGCACAGCUUUAAACACACUAUGAUGUGUGUGUGUGUGUGUGUGUGUGUGUGUGUGUGUGUGUGUGUGUGUGUGUGUGUGUGUGUGUGUGUGUGUGUGUGUGUGUGUGUGUGGUGUCUGUUCUUAGAUUUGGGUUGAGCUUCAAUGAACUUCAACCUAAAUGACAUAACAAGAGCAGCUAGUGGUGCUGAAGCCCUUUCUAGAGCCUUCCAGAGCUCUGGAGAUCCAGGAAUGUAUACUAGAGCGUCAUCACCAGCACCUCGGUGGUGAUAACUGGGAUGAUGAGCUCUAAUCUGGUCCACAGGAGGUGCCGUCUUUUGGAGUAGACGUUAAAAUCUCCUGACCUAUUAGAGGUCAAAAAUAAAAUCAAGAGAAAUUAGAAAGAAAUAAAAAUCUAGCACUUGUGUCCAGGUAGCACUUUAUAUUUGUUUUUGUUUUUUUUGUAAUAAUAGUCUUAGACUAAGUCAUAAUUUAGCUUUGUGUCGAGUACCCCUAAUGCAAUGCCCAAACAAAAGAUUUGUAAACGACAACACUAACGUGCAGUUGUUGCACAACGAGCAGGUUAUUAGUGGUUCUCCAUGUCCAGAGAAGGUCCCUUGCUUGUCGCAGUCUCUGUGACGGAACAGUUUCAUCUGUACGUGACGGCCAGUGCAACUGUUGGACAGCCUAGUCUGCGGUUACCACAGGCCCAUUCGGUUUGCAAAGAUGCCACAUAAGAUGCAAGUGCAGUUGUGCCAGUGAGUGAGGUUUAAUGGCAUUCCGAGGCUACCUACUCCAGCCGCAAUGAGGG